AUGUUUGCCGUACCACACUCCUCGCGUACCCGCAAUGGCGAUGAUUAUUAUCUGCACGGUGGAAGCAGCAUGGGCGCAGGGCCUAGUCGCUCUCAUGGAGCAAGCGCCGAAGAGCAGAGGCGAGAGAAGAGGCGAAGGGACUUUGCGACGAAGAUGGACAAGGAGAUGAACGACCGCCGCGGCGAAUCGCGAACGUAUGUCGAUGGGAUCCAAGGCCUACACAACACAUCUCUCCAACUAUCCUCCCGGCCCGAAACCUCCCCGGCCUUCCUGCUACGCGUCUACCCUCUUUCCCUCCAGCGCUCUGCUCUCCUCGUCCAACACGAACUCGAAGAGCACGCCGCACUCGAAGCCGCGCAGCAGAUGUUCGACAUGGAACGCGCACGUGUCGAAGACGAAUAUAAGCGCGGCCGCGAGCGUGUGAGGGAGAGGAUGUUGGAAGGCAUCGAGGAGAAGCGCCGGAGAGCACGCGAAGAGCGCGACGGUGAUGCGCUCGGAGACUCGGCGGCGGGUGGCGCGUUAGACGCUCAAACGCGACCUGGAGCGACGAGGAAGUUACGUGGGAAACUGGCCAGUCCGCCGCCGCAGGAUAUGCCUCAGCCCGCGAUGGGCGCUGCGACGGGUGCACCGUCAAACCCUCACAGUCUGGCGAUAGACGAGCUUCCAUCGGCUUUCCCUCUGCCAUUGACAGCUGUCACAUUACCGCAAAGUGGACAUCAAAGCGGUCAAGGAGGCGCUCAGGGACAGAACAGACGACGGGCGAAGGGCGCGGGCGGCGCGCCUCAGCCCGCAUUCGGUAUGCUCGGCAAGAGCGUAUUGAGUCUUACCGGGUGCAAGGAGAGCGAGAUUGAAGCCGACUUAAGCGAUAUCACGAGGGGUAACAAGAGGAGAAGAACGGCGGCGGGUGGUUCGGGCAACAAGUAG